UAUUUAAAGAAACAACAUCGAAACAUUGAAACAUUGAAAAACGAACAAUAAUACUGCUUAUUUAAUUUAAAGCCUUAUCUCACAUCACUUGAUGUAUUGGUUUAAUUAGAACGAAUCAAAUCAAUACUAUUAGUCUGCAUGCUGGUAUUGUCAAAAAGGGUUUUAUUCUGUCUUAAAUAUCUCAAUAAGCCAAGUUUUGACGACUUAUAAAGGAGAUGACAAAAUUAGAUAAAAAGUUUGGCCUUGUUAUCUUGGCAUUUCAAUUAGCCAUGAUUAUAUGCUUUGCUAAAAUAACAACUUACAAUGAUGAUGAUGAAGCUAAAAAUUGCACUACACCAAAUUAUCAAAACAAAAUGAACCACUAUUACUCGAUGUUUCAGGAUGUGCAAAUCAUGAUCCUGGUAGGGUUCGGCAUGCUUAUGACUUUUCUUAAGAAGUAUUGCUACUCCGGCGUCAGCCUCAAUUUUCUCAUUUCUGCCGUUACAUUCCAAUACGCUAUUAUAUGCUCGCGGAUUGAAGGCCCAGUCAAGAUUAAUAUAGAAACGUUGGAUCUUUCAGUACCAAUCUUUUAUGUUUUGUCGGAUCGAACCUUUUUGAAUUUUUUUUAUUUUACUUUGGUCGAUGCUGAUGUUUUGACAGCUGCAAUUCUCAUUUCACUAGGCGCCGUCUUAGGUAAAGUCACACCGCUUCAAAUUCUUCUUAUGGUAAUCGUUGAAACGCCUAUUUUGGUUGGGAACAAAUACUUCUCUAAUCUUCUUCAGGUUGUUGAUGUAGGAGGGUCGAUUACAAUACAUACUUUUGGAACUUACUUUGGACUUGCAGUUAGUAGAAUAAUAAGCAAACCAAAAAACACUAAAUUAGAACUGUCUUCAUAUAACUCCGAUAUGUUUUCAAUCAUUGGAGCAUUGUUUCUAUGGGUUUUUUGGCCUAGCUUCAACAGUAUCUCAAGCAGCAGUGAUAAAGCUUAUGAACGGGCAAUUUUAAACACUUACCUUUCUCUAACCGCAUCGUGUAUAAUCUGUUUUGCUUUGUCCUCAUUGACCGACGUCAAAUACAAGUUCAACAUGAACCAUGUACAAAAUGCAACCCUGGCUGGGGGUGUAGCUAUCGGCACAGUUGCAGAUCUGAAAAUACCUCCUUGGACAUCAAUUCUGAUUGGUAGCAUCGCCGGAGCUAUUUGUGUAAUCGGUUUCGUUUAUAUUCAGCCUUGGCUGCUCAAAUAUUGUUCUUUGCAUGAUACUUGUGGCAUUAAUAAUCUACAUGGAAUGACCUCAAUACUAGCCGCCGUUGUCGCAGCAAUUACAGCAGGGCAAGCUUCAAAAGAACUUUACGGAGACGAGUUUGAAGUAUUAUUUCCUGCAAUGGGCUCCCAUGGGAACAAUGGCAUUCUGGACGCUACGAACAGAACUGCCGGAAUGCAGGCAGCGUAUCAAAUACUCGUCCUUGUUCUGACAUUGAUGAUCGCCAUUACAGGAGGGAGCAUUGCUGGUAUUUUGAUCAAACUUGGGACACAAGUCGUUGGAUAUGUUCCAGAUGAGUUCAUUUACGACGACAAUUUCUUGUUCAGUGAUGUUGACGACAAUGAAUCUUCCUUUAAUAAAAGAAUUUCAGCAGUAAACAUCAUCAGUGAAAGUAUAAAUUAAAAAACUACCAAUAGUAGUCUAGUAUAUAUUUUAGAUAUAUUUUUAACCAUUUAGCAUUUUACAAACUGUAGAGUUAAAGGAAAAUAUAUGUUUUAUGC